AUGCUCUUGAUUCUUCGAUCAGGUGCGACCCCUCGACUAGCUGACCGGAUAGCUACAGCUACGAAAUCAGUCUUUCCUGCUUUUCGCCAAGUCACAAUAUCAUGUCCAUGCGGUUGUUCGAAAUUUCAACCUUCCAUAUCAGCCUCAGCCUCACUCAUUCAAUCACGGUCUUUCAUGACUGGACGCAUGCGCAUACGCAUACGGCAAAAGGUACCUGCUGUGCUACUUGUACUCAAGCAGAGAAGGCGGUAUGCCACUGCGGCUGAAGCUGAAGCUGAAGCUAAUCAGGAAGUUCAAUGGUGUUCUGAGGUAGAAGAGCGACAGGGGAAAUUAAUUGAAAGUGCUAGAGCUAGAGUGGAGGUCUUCAAGAAGACCAUCGAGCAGGAAACCGAAGCGACUGAUGUUCAAGGUCAAAUUGCUCGUGCAAGGAUCCAAAGAGAAUUAGGACCUCUAGCGCAGUUGUGGGACAGAUACAUUGAGCUGAGAAAGUCAAUAGUAGAUUUGAUACCAGAACUCGCCGAUCCCGAUCCAACCUUGAGGGAAAUGUUUAAUUCCGAGCAUACUUCAUUGUGUGAAGAGCUAGAUUCACUCCUCACUGAUGAAUUACCUAAAUUGUUAUUACCUUUACCACCUACAGCAAGUUUACCAUGUAUGAUCUCACUUAAUGCAGGUGUUGGAGGACUCGAAUCUGCUCUGUGUACAGAAGAUAUAUCUAGGAUGUAUAUCAGAUUUGCAGAGAACAAAGGAUGGAAAAUUGAAGAAUUGAGUAGAGUAGAAGGUACAGGUGGGAAAGGUGGUGGUGGAAUAAGAGAACUGACUCUGAAAUUUGAUCAUUCACCUUAUGGUGGCGGCGGUGGUGGCGGGGCGGCAGAAGGCGGAGAGGGGGACGAGAUUUUCGGUUUAAUGCAAUGGGAGAAAGGCGUUCAUAGGAUUCAAAGAAUACCUGUGAAUGAAACUAUGGGUAGAAUACAUACUAGUACCGUCGCUGUUGUUGUACUACCCAUAUACCCAGAUACAGAAGAUGCUCCUUUAGUCGAUCCUAAAGAUGUCAAGAUUGACGUAAUGAGAGCCAGAGGAGCAGGUGGACAGCAUGUCAAUAGAACUGAAUCAGCUGUUCGUCUGACACAUAUACCGACGGGUAUAACUGUAUCUAUGCAAGAUUCGCGAUCACAACAUCAAAAUCGAGCGUGGGCAUGGGAUAUUCUCAGAGCAAGAUUAAGUGAAAAGAAACACAACGAAGAUGUAGAAGCUCGUCGUGCGAGUAGAAGAGAUCAAGUGAAAGGUGCAGAUAGGAGUGAUAAGAUCAGGACGUAUAACUUCAACCAGGAUCGACUUACAGAUCAUCGAUUUGGUUUCACCAUCACUGGUCUACAAAAUGUUCUCGAUGGAAAUGGACUGGAAGAUGUGAUCUUGAUGAUGAAGCGAGAUUUACAAGAGAGACGACUAGAAGCAUUGUUACAAGGAGAAGAGGAUUUAGAUUACUAG